UUUUCAUCUAGAGGUUGCGAUCUGGUUGACGGGCGCUCCCAUGUCAGCGGGGCCGGACUGAGGGGAGGGUCGCACUCAUUUUCCGGAGGUGUAUGGCCCCAUCCUUCCGCGGGAUGAAUUCUCCGCCGGGACCUCUGACCCAGGAUGCGGACGAGCGGGAGAAAGGCUGGGAAACGCCGGAGAAGGGGCGAGACUGUGGCGACGGGGUUCCUGUCGACUCGAAAGGAUGUACAAUCGCCAGCCUCCCGUUCAGCGUCGAGUCGCUGAUAUCGGUUCGGAGGUUCCCCAGGACUCAGGUCGUUCUCCCCGAGGUCCCCGUCCCGCCUGUCGGUCUCUCCCGGACUGAGUACCCUGGUAAGAGCCACUCGGCGGAGGAACUCCAGAACUUGUCGGAGAAUUCCUGCUCUCUCGACUCGGAAAGUACGAACGAGAAGGACGUGUCGGCGUGGGUUCCGAACGCCGGCUACUCUCCUCCGGCAAGAGAGCCCAGCCCGGCCCCGUGCGCCCUGCGAAAACACAAAAACAACAGAAAGCCACGGACCCCGUUCACCACCUCUCAGCUGUUAGCGCUGGAACGCAAGUUCCGCCAGAAACAAUACUUGUCCAUCGCGGAGAGAGCCGAGUUCUCCAGCUCCCUCAACCUGACCGAGACCCAGGUGAAAAUCUGGUUCCAGAACCGCAGGGCGAAAGCGAAGCGGCUUCAAGAGGCCGAGUUGGAGAAACUCAAACUAUCGGCCAAACCGCUUCUCCCCUCGUUCGGGAUCCCAUUCCCUCUGGGCUCCCACCUCACUGCCCCUUCGCUGUACGGGCCGUCGAACCCUUUCCAGCGCCCGGGACUGCCCAUUCCCGGCAUCUUCAGCGCCCCGGUCACGUACGGAAUGUAUUACCUAUCAUGAAGUCUGCUGUUGGACACGGACACGGACGCGGGACUCCGGGGAAUCUCCCCACUCACCGGCCCCUCCAUCUCGUGGAGGUCCCGGCUGGACUGGUCAAACAGCCCGGACUGUUGGUCUCUUCGGUACAGUUACAUCCGAUUCAGUUCGUGUUAAUUUGUAUUAGAGACGAGAGUUGUUCUAAAGUCUGCCGUUACAUUCAUUAAGUAAAUUUUCCACGGACGGAAAUGCUUCAGAAUACAGCUGUCGUCUGUGCUGGUAACGGUGGAGGUGAGUGCGGUGCUCGGUCCGGCGGAGAGUUUCCAUCUCCCGGCCGUGCGCCGAAUCCCGAGUUUCGGGGGCUUGGAGUUUUGGAGGAGCGGACUUGGUUCGGCGAAGUGACUGAGCCGGGUAGUGGAGACGGCCGAACUUUUCCUCACGUUAAUGACGAACUAAACAUGUUUGUUGUCCGAACAAGGCGGACGGAGAAUUAAACCCGGGCGCCAACCACUUGUAAAUGACUGGCAAUUGUUCACUGAUAUUUAAGUAUAUAUUUUAAUUUCAUUUAAAUACGUUAAAAUUGUUUACAUUUUCUUAGUGUACAGAUUUCUGUGUACAGGUCAGGAGAAUUCCAUUGGUUUGUACACCGAUCUUCAAUAAAUUCUUCUCUUUUC